CCCAUACAUUCCUGACGUGAUUUUACAUCUCAACUGAUCGUAUGAUCAAGUAUUCAAAGUGAAAGAAGAUGGCAGUCGUGGCAGACACACAGAGAGCAGUGAGCGUCCUGCAGGGUCUCCAAGGGAGACUGGUAGCUGCAGGAGAACCAGAGCUAGGUGAACAGUUUGCUUCCAUGAUAGACCUCCUGGCCAGCCCUUCAUUCAGGCACCUUCUCAACCUUCAGCAGUCAGUACGUGAGCUCAAGCACCACAUCGACAAUGGUCCUCCGGGUCAAACGGUGGAGGAUUUCAGCUUCACCCGCGAAGGACAGCUGGUGGUUCCAGAACAAGAGUCGGACCACGAACCUGAGCAGCCGUACCGCGUCUCCAUCGGCCCCCAGCAUCCGUAUGCCUUUGAGAACAAGAUGUUCGAAGGGGACGAGGCAGUCAUGAUGAAGAGUGUGGUUGCGCCCGUCGCAUCGGCUCCAGGUCCUCCCAGCGACGAUGACGAUGACUCGGAGGACCAGGAUGAGCUGAUGAGGAGCAGGUCCAUUCCUCUAGAACAAGCCAACGAAGACCUGGAGCAAGCUCUCAGGGAACUAGCCCUCGGUAGAGAGGUGUUGAGCAUUGAAUUGUUGAAGUCGGAAGGUCGAGGUCUAGGAUUCAGUGUGGUAGGACUCAAGAGUGAGAAUCAAGGAGAGCUGGGGAUCUUUGUGCAGCAGAUACAGAGGAAUGGUGUCGCAGCAAGAGACGGCAAUCUGCAAGAGAGCGACCAGAUUCUAGCGAUCAACGGCGCCCUCGUUGACUCGAGCGUGUCGCACAAGCAGGCCAUCGGCAUGCUCCAGAAGGUCAAGGAUAAGGUCCACCUCAUCGUGGCCCGAGGGGGGCUGAACAUUCCCACCCCCUCCAAGGAAGAGCCCAACAGCAGGUCUAUGGUGGCCAAUGGACAUCAGAAUGACUUGAGUGGGAAUGGGGAGCACGGGAUGGGAAUGGAAGAGCCAGGCAUGCAGGGAGCCAUGAUGGGGGUUGGGGGCGUGGCCUCUCUAAGCACCAAUCAGGAGCUGCUGAUGCAGAUGGAGCAAGAACCAGAUGAUUAUGCUCUACCGCUUUCGGGCGACCUAGACCAGUCCAUGCUUGCGCCUAACAUUGAGGUCAUCGACCUCUACAACAGGGGGUCAGGCCUCGGUUUCGGUAUCGUUGGGGUUCGCGACAUCGGCAUCGUCGUCAAGACCAUCGUACCUGGUGGAGCCGCAGAAGAGGAUGGGCGUCUCCAGAGUGGUGACAUCAUCCUGCGGAUCGGAGAGACCGACCUUGAGGGGAUGAACAGCGACCAGGUAGCCUCUGUCCUCCGUCAGUCCGGCAGCCACGUCCAGCUGGUGGUGGCUCGAGGGGCGCUGCCGGUCAUCCAGACCUCCCCUGGUGGUGCCCCGCCCAUGGACCUGGAGGUGGAGGGAAGGGUAGAGGGGGGUACCAGACUGCCCCCUCAGGGACUGGACCUCCUAGGGCAGGGCCAGCUGGAACCAGAUCCCCUUCCCGUCUCACCCCCACCGAACAUGUCAGAGAUGCCAUCUGGUAUUGACUUUGGUGAGGUGUUUGAGGUUCAGCUCGCCAAAGGAAACCAAGGACUUGGUCUCUCCAUUGCAGGCUUCGUCAAGAAGACACCUGAUGGUGAAGAAACUUCAGGAAUCUUUGUGAAGAAGAUUUCAGAGGGGAGUGCCGCAGAUUUGUCAGGAAAUAUCAGAGUUGGUGAUCAGAUCAUCGAGGUGGAUGCAGUGAACGUGCAAGGGUAUGACAACAAGGCCGCUGUGGAUCUUCUACGCCAGACGGGUGCUGUGGUGGUGCUUAGGCUUGUUAGGUUCCCUCCAGAACAAGCAGAGGAACCAACCUUACAAGCCCAUGCCGCACCCCUGCCUGAUCUUGCCCCGCCCUCUCUCCAUGACGACAUGGUACCGGCCAUACCGGAGGUCGCCAUGAACGUUGCCUCAUCACCGUUCAGUCAAGGAGGAGAUGAUGGGGAGAUGGAACAGAUAGGGCAGAUGGAGGAGAGCUUUGAGGGUGAAUUGAGUCCUGAAGAGGAGAUAGCUAUCAUGGCUCUAUGGCAAGGCUUGCUUGGACUGGAGAAAGAUAUUGUGAUUGCUCAGCUGUCCAAGUUCCAUGAGGGUGGGAGUCUCGGCAUCAGUCUAGAAGGAACAGUGGACAUUGAUGAGAACGGUCAAGAAAUCCAGCCACACCACUACAUCCGCUCCAUCCAGGCCGAGGGACCGGUCGGUCAGAAUGGGCUCCUGGCCAGUGGGGACGAACUUUUGGAGGUCAAUGGCAUUCGUCUGCUGGGGAAAAACCACGAGGCGGUCGUGAUGAUCCUCAAAGAUCUUCCCCAGCACGUCCGUCUGGUCUGCGCCCGCUCCGCCGGCCUCGUCUUCCCCCAGGCUGUGAUGUCGGACGAGAGUCUACCGUCCAUCGAACAUGCCACCAGCGACAGCGACGAUAUGAAGCUCCCUGACAUUAGCCUUGGCAGCAGCAGUGAGCCAGGGGAGGUGGAGGCGCAGUUCUCGGCCAAUGUGUCUGCAGGGAAGGAGAUGACGACCCCUAUGCUCCCUGCCUUGGAUGACAGUGGAAGUCCCCUGGACUACAGCAACCACACCGAGGCCAGCCAGGAUAAGGACUCCAUGUGGAGCGAUGAGAUUCAGUACAUCGAGCUGGAGAAGGGAGAUAGAGGACUAGGGUUCAGUAUCCUAGACUAUCAGGAUCCAGACAACCCUGCAGCAUCGGUCAUCGUCAUCCGAUCCCUCGUACCAGACGGUGUGGCAGAACAAGAUGGCCGCCUCAUCCCCGGAGACAGACUUGUUUUGGUCAACGAGUCCAAUCUGGAGAACUGCACACUGGACGCAGCUGUCCAGGUCCUGAAAGGCGCCCCCAGGGGUAUGGUUACAAUAGGCGUGGCCAAGCCUGCUGCUGGGAUGGAAAGCGAGGAGACGCAGGUGGUAAGUGCCACGCCCACCACAGUCCAGGAGUCGCCACCCCCGAUGCCUUCCACCACGCCCAUGCUACCGGACGUUGACAUCUCGCCCCUGGCUGCUGGGAUGAUGGCCAAGGAAGCAAUGGAGGAGGCGGAGAGGGAGUUAGUGGAAGCAGAGAGGGAGAUGGGGAAGGAGAUGGAGGUGGAAGUCAAACCAAUUUCCGUAGAAGUACCUGCAGAACCAGCAAUAGUGGCAGCAAAAAUAUCUGUUGCCCACAGUGCCCCUCCCACACCCCAACCAGCUGACACCCAACCCCCAACCAUGCCCCCCGAUCUGGUGUCAUCUAUAACAGUGUCGGACGGCCCCAAGCCUCAAGCACCGAUGUCUAAACCCCCUCCACCAGUCAAACCCGGUGUUACUGGAACAGUGGCCAUAGAACAGCCCUCGGCACCUGCCACUCCUCCCCACCCCAAGCGCACCCCACCCAAGCCGCCUCCAAAGCCUGUGCUCCGCCCUAGCCAGUCCUCCUCCGGUACCUCUUCCCCUCGCUCCUCUUCCCCUCGCUCCACUUCCGCUUCUAUCCUUGGUCCCAGGGGGUAUACCCCUCCCGGCACCAAGGGGUUUUCCCCCUCUAGCAGCUUUAGCUCCGGUGGUUCAAUCACUGUCUCACAUCAUCGACAGGCCUCCGCUGAGGAGCGUACCCCAGAUGAACGCACCUCUAAGAUGGUGCCGAUGAAGUCAACCCCGCCCAUCGGUAGGAGGAAGUCGUCUAACGUGGUCCUGCCCCCCUCCCUGGAAGAAACCAUUGUCUUGAAGAAGACAAACGCAGGACUAGGUUUGACGGUCAGUGCCGACAAGGCCAACGGAGUGGUCAUCAAGUCCAUCAUCCGUGGGGGGUGUGUCCAGCAGGACGGGCGCCUCUCGAUGGGAGACUACAUCACGGGCGUCAACGGAGAGAGCAUGCGUAACCUUAGCAACAACACGGCCCGAGGGGUGCUCAGAAGGAGUUUCCUUCAAGGGACAGAUAUCACGGUGACCUACAUUCCAGCCACCAAGGCCGCUGGUCUCUUAGAAUCCUCCUCAGGGUCCCCCAUGGGUACCCCGCCCCUCUCUGCAUUCCGUGCUUCCAGCGUCGUCAGAUCAACAGACAGUAGUCCAUCCAUAACCCCCAACUCCAGCAUGGACAUCACCAUGACAACCCCUCCAAGCCAGACCCCACCCAGUGAGGAAGCAGCUUCAGGGGAGAGUGAAUGGGGAGAUGUGAAGACGGUGACAGUCAAUAAGGAGCCUGGACGAAGCCUGGGCAUCAGUAUCGUGGGAGGGCGUGCUGGAGGAGAUGGUGAAGUUGUUCAAGGCAUCUUCAUCAAGCAUGUCCUGGAGAGCAGCCCAGCUUGGAGGACUGGACAACUCAAGACGGGAGACAGAAUUCUAGAGGUGAACGGCUGCGACCUGCGAGAAGCAACGCACGACCAGGCGGUGGCGGUCAUCCGCAACGCAACAAACCCCAUGCACUUCCAGGUCCAGAGUCUGACCCUGGGUUCUCCGGCAGCAAUCAUGGAGGAUGAUGUCACAAAUGGAGGUAGUGUCAUUGCUAUGGCAACCGUGGUCCAAGCAGGAGCCGAAUCAGAUGACAAUUUGGAUGCGACUGAAGAAGGCCGGGAAGUUGAUGGAGAGAGCGACAGUGAAUCAGAAGAUGAGUUUGGAUACACUUGGAAGAAAUUGAGUCAGAGAUACAGUGACCUAGACGGAGAGUUGCAUGCGAUUGAACUGAACAAAGGAGACAGAGGAUUGGGCCUUAGUCUUGCUGGGAACAAGGACAGGAGUAAGACCAGUGUGUUUGUGGUUGGAGUCAACCCUGCAGGAGCGGCCGGUAAAGAUGGAAGGAUACUCAUCGGAGACGAGGUCUUGGAGAUCAAUGGAAUCAAGGUGUUUGGCCACUCCCAUCAGAACGCAUCCAGCAUCAUCGGUGGUCUUGCUCCUGGUCUGGCCAAGGUGGUCAUCCUUAGAAACCAGGAGUUCCUGAAUCAGCUUGCUGUACCACCAGUCAUUUACCCCAAUCAGACAUCACUACCAACCAUCCUGAAGAAGCAAGAAGCCGUCGAUGAGGCUGAGGCUCCCGCCCCUGCUGUUCCAGAACCAGAACCCGAGAUGCCCCUCCCAACCCCUGCAGACUACCCGAACACGAAGAACAUCACUCUCCAGAAAGGCCCCCGAGGGCUGGGCUUCGCCAUCUAUGAGAAUGAGGAUGAGAAGGGGUUGUCUGGUAUCUUUGUGAAGGAUGUAACGAUGGGAGGACCAGCUGCGACGGAGGGCAAUCUAAAGGUCGGUGACCAGAUCCUCGCGGUCAAUGACAAAUCGGUCAUCGGUCUCUCCAAGCUUAGCGCCAUCAGCGUCUUAAAGGACACCAAGGGAUCUGUCGCUCUCACUGUCGGGGCCGCUAAACCUGUCGCAUCGCCGAAACCCCAGCCAAAGAGCCUCUUCCCCACAUUGGAUGCUGGAGGUGGGUUCGAGGGGGGCGUCUCCAUCACAGCGUCAGCCCAGUCUGACGUGUUUGCUGGAGCACCGAUCAAAAGUCAAAUCGGACACAGCAACUUCUUCCCAGCUCUAGACAUUGAUGAAGAGUCAAGCACAUUUCUUGCCACCUCUAGCAUAAGCUAUCAAGCUGUUGGGGACACAGAGACCAUCUUUCCCCCAUUGGAUGACUUAGAGGUGACCAGGUUUUCAUCUUCUAAUUCAAGCUUUGACUCUACUAACAAUCUAGACACCACCUCUCCUGCCGAGCAAAGGUCAGAUUCUCAUCCUCCCUCUGACCCCUUGACCUGUCCCGUGGUCAAAGGUCACAAGACACUCAUUGUGGUUGAUAGGGGCUACGACAAGGGGCUUGGGAUCAGCCUUGUUGGAGGAGCAGAUACACAACAGACUACCAUCAUGAUCCAGAGCAUAAAGCCUGAUGGAGCAGUGGCUAAAGAUGGCCGCCUUCAAGCUGGUGAUCAAAUCCUGGAGGUGGACGGCUUAGACUUUGAGACCAUCACACAUGAGGCUGCCCUCAAUGUCCUCCGGCAGACAGCCUCCAAGGUCCGCAUGCUGGUGCUUCGGGAAGACCCCCCUCCGUCCACCCCCACCGCUGCCCCAAGCCAGGGGGAGGAGGAGGAGGUAGAGGAAGAUGCAGAGGCUUUUACAGUGAUCAUACAUCAGCCAGCAGGCCAGAGUCUCGGGCUUAGCAUUGCCGGAAAGGGAGGUGCCCUCUAUGUCUCGGACAUUGCCCAGGGGAGUGUGGCCGAUUCCAACGGUCAGCUCAUGAGAGGUGACCAGAUUAUAGCGGUCAACAAUCUAGCGGUCAAGAAUAUUCCACAGGAAGCUCUAGCCACCCUUCGACAGAAUGAAGAAGGUGAUGUGUUCCUGAAGAUCUCUCGUAGUGGUGGAGGAUCUCGGCUGAGCAUGAGCUCGUUUGAGACCGUUGUCACCGCCCAACCUAUCACCAUUGAACAGUCCCCGAGUCCAGGUGGUGCUGAGAUGAGAAGAGAAGAGUUCUCCCAGUCUCAUGAAUCGUUUGGUUCUAGCACUGAGAUCUUCUCUGAGGAAGAAGAAGAAACAUCUUCAAGUUCUGGUGUGAAGACCGUUACCUUGGAGCGAGGACCCGAUGGCCUGGGCUUCAGUAUCGUCGGGGGUUACGGCAGUCCCCACGGCAACCUCCCCAUCUACAUCAAGACCGUCUUCAACCGCGGUGCUGCGGCCGUUGCCAAGCAGCUCAAACGAGGCGACCAGAUCCUGGCUGUCAAUGGAGAAUCACUAGAGGGCGCCACACACCAGACUGCGGUCAAUCUCCUGAAGAAGGCUCGAGGUCAGGUCAUCCUGACAGUGGUGACUAAUUAAUUGGAUUAAUUAUGACCUGCAUCAUGUAGAUAUCUAGUGACCUUUGACAUAAGUCAGUCACCUUUGACCUGACCUGUACUUUCUGUUGUACCCAGAGACCAAAGAUGUAUUGCGCUAUAUUGGUAUCAAGUGACCCUUGACAUAACCACAUUUGACCCCGUCUAUCAAUAUUUCAAUGGAAAAUGCAAAUUUGUAUCGUUCUGUACAUUGGUAUCUGAAUAACACUUGACCCUGUUCUCGGAUCAUGCAUACAACAGAGAUCAAAUUUGUAUUCCUUUGAAUCAAUAUCCAAUUAAAAUUUGACCCUCAAAUAUUCAGUCCUGUUAUUUAAAUUGUCUAUCAAGUUAUUCAAUUAUGUAUCACUCUCUAUUGGUAUCACAUGACCUUUGACCCCGACCGGUUACAUAUGAGCUUGCACUGUGAAAUUUGUUUCAACCAAAAGUGACAUGCAGCAUAUAGAAAGGUCAUAAAACUUUUUGAGGGCAGUGUAUAUUACUUGCAAUCAUGAUAAACUUGCAGGUAUUCCCGGUAACAGAUAUUUCCUGUCAUAAAGUAAAGGAGUAGAUUACAUACCAUAUAUGAUAUUCUUGUUCGCACCCAGUACUAAAAUAUUUCCAAAAAAUCGAAGUUACUAUUCAUACUUCCAUUCCUUGUAGGAACAUAACGUUUCACUUUAUAUAUAAACCCGAUCAUUCCAUGACCGUAUAUUCACUUACGAGAUACGACUAUUAAUUCAUUCAUUUUGAUGUGUGAUUUUCCAAUGCGUUCAAGUGUACUCAGUACUUGGUAUUUGCCUGCAUCAUGAUUUUAUCAGUGAUCUGAAAUUUGCUCGGGCAACAAUUGCUCCAGGCUUUAUUUCAUCAAAGAUAUAUAUGUUGGGUUAGGGUUGGCAUGCAAUUGGGUUUAAGGUUAGGUUAAAAUACUCACCCAAAGAAAAUUAAUGACAACUGAUAAUUAUGGACAAAUUAUUAUGGAUGGACAUUUUUUCUCUUGAAAAACACUAAGAAUUUGCUGAAGAAACAUAUAGAUUUCAUGGAAAGGCGUGAAAUGCAAUUUUGUGGCUAGCUCUGUCUAGCAUGUGACGUCACGAAUCUUGACGCUCUACAGAGGACCGCUGAAGGCAGAAAAUCUGGAUCUCAAAAUUAACAUUUUUGAGAGAUUAUUACUGCGGGCCCAAACAUAUUUUGAAGAGGGAAAUUGUUAUAUUUGAUCAGUAAGGCUUCCCCUUUGCAAUGAUAUGAAUUUUGCAUCAAUUUAAACACUUUUGAUUCUUUGGGUGACUGCUUUAAGGGUUAGCUAUAGUGUGUGGUUUAGUUCUGGGGUUAAAUUAAGUGUUUGUUAAGUGUAGGAAAUUGAGCAAUUUUCGCCGGAGCAUGUAUCGUACAACAGAUUUAUCACGUUAAAUAUUUAUUCAGAAAGAAAUUAAAAUUGUGCAAGUAUUCAUUUUUGUAUUCAUAAUAGACUUCUUACUUUGCAUUG